AUGAAGGCAUCGCUGCUGCUCCUCUUGCUCUGUGGCGUCUCGGCAGACAAUCUCCAUGAGGACUUGCACACGUGGGGCUGUUCUGACACAGAUGGCGAAGACGUUUACGCUCUGGACGACGAGGUCGGUUGGUUUGCUGACUUCGCCAACAACAGAGGGGUGGAACCUCAGCCCGGCUUCAUUGAACACAUGACUUACAUAGAUGCUUUUGAAGUAGCUCAACGCGGUCUGGACGUCUGCAGACAAAACCUGAACACCACCCGGUUGGCGACAAAGGAUCUGCCACUAAUAUCUGAGGCUCCCUCGCAUCCGCUUGUCUACCCAAGAGACGAGGUGCUGCUCGGAGAGAAGAACAUUCUCAUCUGUCAUGUGACUGAUUUCUAUCCGGCGCCUGUCAUAGUGCGCUGGUCCAAGAACGGUGAGCGUGUGAGCCGAGGGGACCUCGCCAGCCCCCCGUUACCCAACAAAGACGGUUCAUUUCAACAGACAUCUCGACUGGAGUUCACUCCCCAACAGGGAGACAUUUACACCUGCAUCGUGGAGCACAGGCCCACGAAGGAGCUGAAGGACUCUAUGUGGACGGUGGAGGUCAAGCAGCCAGGUGUCGGACCUGCUGUUUUUUGUGGGCUUGGACUGACUGUUGGACUUCUUGGCGUGGCCAUCGGAACCUUCUUCCUCAUCAAAGGGAACCAAUGCAGCUGA